ACACGUCGGCUCAACCCAAAUCACAAGCGGUUGAGUGCUCCAACAUAUUACAGUCAUUUGAAUAUUUUAUACUCAUCGUUCUCAGCCGCCUCCCAUGCGGUCCAGAUCCACCAGCAUGUUUGGCUCUUCCUGUUAAGCAGCUUUACAGACUAACGGUGUGUGUCAGCGAGCCCGUGCAAUCGCUUCAGACGGACAUUUUAUUUCGGUCUUCCGCUAUUCUUCGCCAGGAACCUCACAAUGCAGGCUAGAGGACAAGCAACCCACGGUAGCUGUCACGGCGAGGAAGCUUCGGGCAAAGCAGAGAAGUCAGGGCCGGGGCAGUGUGAGAGCAAGGCUCCUGCUUUCUUAACGGAAGACACGGGUCCUCCGGCAGAGAAGAAGCGAGUAGGAAGCGCUCUUAUCGUUCACGAGAGAAACUCUAGGACUCCCAGUCCUCUGUUCGGGGCCAAUUAUGAUGACGACUCGGAGGCUGAGUCCUUUCGGGAUGGGAGAAGUGAUGAAGUCGACCGAGACACAAGAAGUAGGGCCUAUGCUUGGUGCCGAGACUUUUUAUCCGGUUCGUGGAAGACCAUCCCAGAGAGAGAGUUUCAAAUCAGCAUCGUUAGUGGAGGACUUAGUAAUCUGCUGUACCUGUGCUGUUUGCCUGACCAUGUAGCAUCUGUGGGAGAGGAACCACGUCAGGUGCUCCUCAGAGUCUAUGGGGCCAUCUUGCAGGGCGUGGACUCUCUCGUACUGGAGAGCGUUAUGUUUGCCAUUCUGGCAGAACGAACAUUAGGGCCCAAACUUUAUGGCAUCUUUCCAGAGGGACGCUUGGAACAGUACCUACCAAACACUCGCAUGCGCACAGAUCAGCUCUCAAAUCCAGCCAUCUCAGCGGAGAUAGCCACCAAACUGGCGCGCUUCCAUAACAUGAUUAUGCCCUUUAACAAAGAGCCUAAAUGGCUGUUCGGAACCAUUAACAGAUACAUGGAUCAAGUGAUGAAGAUCAAUUUUGUGCGUGAGGCACACGUGAAAAAGUACAGGAAGCUGAUGAAGCUUAACCUGCCUGCUGAGCUGGAGAGCCUCCGUGCGCUGCUGGCUAAAACGCCAUCACCAAUUGUGUUUUGUCACAAUGAUGUCCAAGAAGGAAACAUUCUUUUGCUGGAAAACAAGGACCACUCUUCAACUGACAAGCUGAUGCUGAUAGACUUUGAAUACAGCAGUUACAACUACAGAGGAUUUGAUUUUGGGAACCAUUUCUGCGAGUGGACGUAUGAUUACACAUACAACAAGUGGCCCUUUUAUAAAGCCACGCCAGAGAACUAUCCGACCAGAGAGCAGCAGCUUCUGUUCAUAAGAAGUUAUUUGGGAGAACAACGAAGACACGCUGAUAGUACUGUGGACCAGACACAAAUCGAAGAGGACCUGAUAAUUGAAGCUAACAGAUUUGCACUAGCAUCACACUUUCUAUGGGGUUUAUGGUCCAUCAUUCAAGCUAAACUGUCCAAGAUUGAGUUUGGAUACAUGGAUUAUGCCCAGAGCCGGUUUGAUGCUUACUUCAAGCAAAAGAAGCUGUACUCCUGAAUUCCGUCGUGCUCAUCAGAAUGGACCCACUCAUUUUCCUCAUUCAAGCUCAUCUUAUGUUUGUGUGCAGAUUUGAACACCCACUUUUAACUUCAAUGAAAGUAAGCAGUAGCAGUACGUUUUUGUGGAAGGUAAAUGAUCAACAUUACAAGGCGGUGAAAAGCAGGCUCUGUCAGUUAGUUUUAGAUAGUGUUGUUUUUGUGGUGUUUCUCAGCCUGAUUUCGGUCUGUCUAGAUUAAAGAUUUACGUUUUAUUUGUCACAUGCUCAGAUGUACAUGUAUAACAACAAGCUUGUCUUUUUUAUGCUGGUCAUUUCUCUGGACCACUUUGUGACGGUGGCAUAAAUGGUUCUUUAACCAUGUUCUCUGUGCAUGUCAUAUCAGAGGGCGGGCUGGUAGCCUUGGCAGAUAAUGAAUGUCUUUCCAGACUGGACUGUCUAUGUCAUGGUCAGUUUUCUGUACAAAGCCACUACUACUGAGAUCAGCAUGGGAGGUCUUUGUAUAACACGCUUUAAUAGUAAUGACAACACGCUGCAGACAUUUAUACUGCUUUCAUUCUACCUCAAUUCUCUCUCUUUUUGUGCUUGCUCUGCACUGGAAGCAUACAUUUCAUAUGGGCUGGUAAUAACUAACCUGUUAGAGCAGAACUGAUGUCACUAUGACUAAAUCCCUCCCUUUGCUACCACCGCCUGUCCUGUCUCAAGUAGUUUGACUUUGAACCAUGAAAAUAUUCCUCAGUAACUUUUUAAAUCUCCAAUCAUCAAAAAUCUUGCUCGGAUUCCGAAUGUGAGGGCUAUUUAAUAAAGUUACACCUUAUUUGACAAUACUGUUUAACCAUUAAAACAGUUAUGUGAAGUUGGGUUUUUAAACUAAAUCCGUUUUGAUAUCUGCGUGCAUAUUUUCUGAACUACCUGUCUGCCAACAUUUUCUUCAAACUGUUUUUCAUCUUUUCAUGUUUUUUUCUCCUUUUUCCCCUCAUGAAAAAUCUGUCUUGUUUGUGUGCAUGUUCAUUUUUUGUGCAAAUUAUUGCACAAAAUAUUUGGAUACACAUUUUUGUAUAUUCUUAACCUAUAUCAUUAUCAUUUCAAAUGUCCACCAGCUGCAAAACUUUUACUGACAUUUUUAUGUUUCAAAUAUUUCCUAGAAGUUGUGUUUUAAUUACAAAGUACUUCUAUUUAUUUAAAUUGUCCCUCUGUUUGCAAUGUUUUAUUUACUGAAUAUAUUAGUGUUGUCCCUGAAUGAUUUUGGUCAGUUUACUCAUAAGAAAAACAUCCUCUAAUGUAUUGAGUUGCUUGAGCUGUUUAAAAGGAUUGUUUUCUUAUUGCCUGUCUGUACGAUGUUUGUUCUCAUUUGCUCUAUUUGAAAGAAACCUAAAACUAUAAAAUCAAUGAACUUUUAAUCUGUUUCACGAGCUGUUUUUUUCCUCAUUUAUUUCCCAAAGGCGUCGCACGUAUUGAUAUGUUUUGCUAUAUGUGAUAUUACUCUUAUGUAACUGUCAUCUUCCUCCAGAGUAAUUUGAGUGCCCCGUUAUGACGUGUCAAGCUAGGCAAGGACCAUGUUUCAUUCUUGAAGGCUGACGGGUACCCACCCCUGAGAGCCAAGAAUAGAACAGCCAGAGAGAAACACACAGCUCAAAGAUCGAGAUCAGCCACUGGAUCUGAAAGAGAAUAGCAGGAGUUCUGUUGGAAGAUUUUACAUUUCAGGCCAUGCUGAUGUUGUCGUCGUGCAUCCUUCGGUCUUCCAGAGCUGUUUUGGUGUUUGAUCUGUUGAGGAACGCAUGGCUUUGAGAGCUGGGACCUAAGCUGGUGGUGCACCAUCUAAACCGACCAUCUUUUCUUUUUACGUUGUGUUGUUGUCAACUUGUGGCGCCAUUCUGAAUAUUGUACCUGUGUGGAGUUUACUGGAAGACCUUUUGCAUAGCUGCUACAAAGGACAAAUAAGUUUGAAUUAAGGAGAAAAUAAAAGCUCCAUAAAGUCCACAUCAGGCAACGGUGAGAUGAAAGCUCUCUGGCAAUAUUUUAUUAGCCUCGUCAGGUGGAUAAGCCUGUGGUUUGAAUAUGCUUUUGGAGGACUUUUUGGUGCUUUUCCAGUUGUCAGCGAACGGGUUGCAUCACCUGCUGCUAUAGAUGGAGGAAUCUGUCGAGCAGACUCUGAGGAAUGGACAACUAAUGAGGCAUUUCGUACAUAUCACUUUGGACAUGGAAAUGAGACCAUGGUGACAGUCCAAACCAGCACACAUGCUUUUCAUGUGGAUCUGCACAGGCUUUCAGAGUGCAGUGAGUACUUCCGCGCCCUGUCCCAGUCCAGAAUGAGAGAGACCUCAGAGAGCCUCAUUCACCUGGAGCACAUCCCUUCCUCCGUCUUCCACAAUCUCCUCGAGUUCUCCUUCAACUGUCAUUUUAAAGCUCCCAAAGAAGAGCUGGGAGAGCACAUCCAGGUAAGCAGCUAUCUCUUAGCUGAGGCCUUCCUCUCGAGGUGUCUGUCAGUCCUGGCAGAUGAACUCAGUCCAUCUAACUGUUUAUCAUACCUGAGUCUUGCUCAGGAAAUCUUCUGUGCUGAGCUGAAGGUGGCAGUACUCAGUUAUCUGAGUAGAAACCUGCUGGAGCUGCCACACAUCAUCAGAUGUCUGAAUGAUGAGGAGAAGGAGAAAGUAUUGAACUUGAGGAUAUGUGGAAAUCAACAUCUGUGCAGCGUCCGGAAAGAAAAUCUGACAUCUUGGAAUGACCCAGAAACAGAACAAGCCAGACACGUUUUCACCCUGAAAGGACCAGAGAACGGCGGAGUUUGGCAUCCGGUCACAGAGCUUCCUUUUAGGGCUGAUAAAUGGUGUUUCACCACGGUGGUGCUUUACAACUACUUGUACGUCAUAGGAGGCUACAGACAACGUAAAAAGAGAGGCUGGGAGUUCUGUAUGGCUUCUUUUAGGUUUAAUCCCCUAGCUCAUUCGUGGGCUGCCACGUCGCCUCUGAUAAAGCGCAGAAGGCACUUCAGCGCAGUGGCCUGUGAAGGCUGUAUUUACGCCGUGGGAGGCUGGUACUUGGACUCCCUGGUAACACCAGACUCCAGCACAGCUCUUUACACAGCUGUGGAGUGCUACGAUCCGUGGGAGGACCGUUGGAGGUUCGUGUCCUCAUUGCCCCUCACUGACUUCCAGUUCACCAUGUCCCUGUCCCACGAUGUCCCUCUCGCAACCAGCCUUGGACACUGUGUCUAUGUGCUGGGUAGCAUCCUGAGGACCGGAGAGAAGUUACUGCUGCAGUACAACACAAAGCAAGGUGCAGAAAAUCCAACCAGAACACACUUACCUUCAUACUUGUGGUCUGAACUGCUCCCCACCCUCACCAGAGCAGAUGCAGACCUCCCUUCUCUUUAUUUCUUGGGGGCUACUGACCAGCUGCUUGUGAUUGGUGGAAACAACACAGAGAGUGUGAUGACAUCAUUCAGCGCGCAGUCAAAGAAGUGGGGACAGGUGCACAGCGUAAGGAAAGUGACCUUUGCAGGGCAGGGGACAGUGGUGAUGGACAAGUUUCUAAUGCCCAGUAUCGAGCACAACACCGUCAUGAAGAUGGAUCUCAGAACUCUCUCCGUCACAACUCUUCCAAGUCUGCCUGUUCCUACUCGCUAUGAGAGUAUCUUUUAUCUUUACUUCUAAUGUUAGGUUGAACAUCUUUGCACUUAUCUUGGACUUGAUUUUGUGGCUGAAUGCAACAGUAUAUACAUACAUACACACACAUAUACACAUGAUUGCUUUCGCAGGAUUAUGUUUCGUGGAUAUUUUGAAUUAUAUUGGAUGCUGGUCUAAAGAAAUUGUCAGAAACUGCUGAGCAUCUUCUUACUUUACUGUUAUUAGGCAUCUGAGAAUCAAACUCCUCCAAAAGUAUCCUGAAAUAUCAGUCUGGAAUUGGUCUGUACUAAUUUAGUCACAUUUUUUGUUCUUCUUGCUUACAAUUAGGUUCAACUAUCAAAAAUGUACUUCUUUGGAACUUUGUGUAAAAUAAAACUGAAAAUGUUCAAAAAUGGGAGUCAGUGGUCAUUAAUAAAAAUCAAGACAACCUUCCUUUACUCCUACAGUAUAUUACAUUCAGUCAAAAAUAAAUAAAGAAGUACUUUUAUUUACCCCAA